CACGUCACGUCCCCGGUAUGUACUAAAUAGAAGUUAUGUUAGUACCAAGUAGGCAGUACCUUGAGAUAGUCGCUAUACCCCGCAGCCAAGGUAGCCAACCCCGUUAGGGCUACCUAACCUAUCAUGGUUCUUAUCCAGCUGGAGGGAAGACAAGAGUCUCCGGACUCCGCCCCGUCGGAACAGGAGGCAGACAGGUACUGGUUGGUAUGUUGGUUAAGAAGGUACUUUGUUAGGUGGUUCCUAGGGCUUGGGAGUGUCUGUGCGGGGUAUGUAUGUCAUUGUAUUCGUACCUUACCUAGUAUAGGAUGUGUCGGUACCGCUGUUUGCCUCUGUGGAGCAGCCCUAUCUUCGGCAUGUGUAUGGAUGGAGGAGUCCACUGGUUGAUCGCCACAAAGGGGUGGAAUUCUUGCAUCUUGGUAUGUAGACACUUUUCGAGCAUCAUGGACUGCACCGAUCCCUGUCCACCAUUCUUGAAGAGAGAUCCAAUUGAUGGAGAGAACUCUUGGACAGACGUUGUCGAUCUCGGGUGCAGCGCCUGUCGCGGUGGAGCUGAGAGAAAGAUAAGCGUAAUGGAUAAUGUGGGGAAAG